UGCACAAAAUAAAGCAAUAAGGUGUUGAGUGUUCACAAGCAUCAACUCAUGCCCUUCAAGUUCACAAGUACCCUGCUUCUUCUAUAAAAUAAAUCAAUCAAAAAAAUGAAUAUGAUUUUCGCCAAGGAAAAAUAAAACAUUCUGAAAAGGUUUCCAGUGACAAUGGAGUACCCAUUAGACCCUAAAUCCUACCAAAUAAUAGCAGAAAUAGGAAGGGGAGUAAGUGCAAUUGUAUACAAAGCUAGCUGCCUAACAAUACCUGAACCUUCCUCCAUAGUUGCAAUAAAGUCCAUCGAUCUCGAUCAAUCUAGAACUGAUCUUGAAAGCAUCCGCCUUGAGACCAAAACAAUGUCCCUUUUGUAUCAUCCAAACAUCCUCCGAGCCCACUGUUCAUUCACUGUGGGCCCACGUCUAUGGGUAGUAAUGCCAUUCAUGUCUGCUGGUUCUCUACAAUCCAUUAUCUCUUCAAAAUUCUGCUCUGGUUUGCCUGAAACCUGCAUUGCUGUUGUCUUAAAGGAAACCCUCAAGGCCUUAAGCUACCUUCAUGAUCAAGGUCAUGUUCAUCGAGAUGUUAAGGCUGGUAACAUAUUAGUUGGUUAUGAUGGUAUUAUCAAGUUAGCUGAUUUCGGUGUCUCUGCACCUGUGUAUGACACUAACUUUGAAUCGAGGUUGAAGGACAUCGCUGGAACUCCUUAUUGGAUGGCUCCAGAAGUAAUACAUUCUCAUAAUGGAUAUGGGUUUAAGGCUGAUAUCUGGUCCUUCGGAAUUACUGCUCUCGAACUCGCUCAUGGUAGGCCUCCUUUGUCUCAUCUACCACCUUCCAAGUCUUUGUUGUUUAAGAUAACAAAGAGGUUCCACUUCUCCGACUAUGAUAAGUCUGAGAAAGGGUUCCACGGCAAAGGAAACGAAAAGAAAUUCUCCAAAGCAUUUAAGGAUAUGGUAGGGUUAUGUCUCCAUCAAGAUCCUACAAAACGCCCUACUGCUGAGAAGCUGCUAAGGCAUGCCUUCUUUAAAAACUGUAGAAGUUGUGAUUUUUUAGUGAAGAAUGUGUUGGCUGGGUUGCCUAGUGUAGAAGAUAGGUUUAGGAUGAGUAAGAUGACGAGGAUUUCGUCUUUAGGGAGUGGUAGUACUGCUACAACUACUACUACUGACGAGGAGGAUUCGGGGGAGUUGGAGAAGCAGAGGAGGAUUAGUGGGUGGAACUUUAAUGUUGAAGGGUUUGAGCUGGAUCCAGUUUAUCCAGGUCAAGGUAAAGAUAAGGAGUCUGAAAUUGAAGAGAUUUGUGGUUCAAGUCGAUCAAGGAGGGUCAGUUUCUGUGGUGAAUUGGUGAUCCCGAAUAAGCAACUUGAUUUGGAUGUGUUCUGCUCUAGCUCAACGUCACCUGCUUUUAGUAUUAGCACUCCUAAUAUGGAGGAGGUGACUCCAAUUGAUCGAAGUGAGGAAGUACAUCAAGAGACGACUCGGGCAAAUGUGGAUGAAGGAGAGGACGGUGCGCUUGAUAGAGAUAGUAUGAUGGCUGGACUGGUGGCUUUACGGGGCAGCUUAGAUGAGCAGAGAAAUAAUGUGAAGGACUUGAUAACUUUUCUUGGCGGAGAUCAAACUGGAAGCGGAGAGAAAAACAAGGACGACAUGGUUGAUGUCAUAGAUAGGUUGAAGAGGGAAUCAGACCAGAAAAACAAGGAAGAACAAAUGGUAAAUGUGAUGGAGAGGUUGAGGAGGGAGUUGGAGCAAGAGCGCCAGAAAAACAAGGAGUUGCUAAUGGAAUUGGAAUUUCUUAAAGCCAUUGUCUCUGGUGGAUCUCAACAAGAUUAAAAGCCAAAACUUGUAGGCAUUUCUAGAAAUAUAUUAUGUCAUUUGUUUAUAGUACUCGUGAAAAACACAACAAACAAAAAAAAUUUGUGAUUGUUAUGUA